CAAAGCGACUGUUUACGUCUUGGGAUGACCAGAUUAAGAUGCAGCUUGACUCCGACUGAAGAGUUGUUUACUGAAUGUGAGAAGUUUGUAUGCCAUCUUUACGGUUUGCCAACUUGUACCAGUGUCAACGAGGUUCGGUACAAGUUAUUUCGCAUGAAGUGCUCGAAAGCGCAGCAAAUGCCACCAACUCAAGAUGCUCUUCGACAGCAUGUAUUACGGGUUAAUUAUCAAAGUUUUGUACGGAAAAAUGCUUUGUGCUCUAUGCAGAAUCUGCCUAGUCCGCACGGUCACGGAUGGAUUGUUGAAACUGAUGAAAACGGUUCUCACAUACAUGUCUGCUGGAUGACACAGCUUCCUGCCCCGAAAGCGCUGUUGGAGCUGGUAAGCUGCACGUGCAAUGUCGGAUGUACUACACAGCAAUGUUCGUGUCUUCGUGCUGCUUUGUGCUGUACCGAUGCAUGUGGUUGCAGAAAUUGCAAGAAUUUGAGCAAGCAAAUAGACCUUCCUAGUCCAGUACUAUCGGAAGAAGAAACUCCAGAAUCAGACAUUCAGACUGAUGAUAGCAAUAAUGAUGACUGUAGUGAUAGCGAAUAAGUGAUCAAGUGUGUGAUUGCAAGCACGCGUGAAUUAAUUCAAUUAUUUUAGUCUACUAGAUCAAGUUAUUUCUAGAAGCAAAUUGAUGCGAUAAAAAUUCUAAACAGAUUAAAUUGCAAUACGAAAAAUAUAAACAUAAUG